UUGACGUCAACAUGUACAAUGCUGUGUGGAAAACUACCAACAGGUUUUGCCCGCAUUAGAAGUUCCCGAAAUUUCCGCGUGGGAUUUUUAUAUCGAAGAGGUGUUAAUUGACUAAAAUAGACUGUCAACAAACUGACUGGCUUCGGAGAGAAUACUCGUGUCAUGAACGGUGAAAUUAAACGUCGGUGGCAAAAACAGUACAACCAGUGAAGACAUCGGUGAUUUCACAGAACUAGUUUAGACUGUACCUAAAGUGUAAAAUGUUGCCUCCGUAUAAUAACAUGAAAAAGGACUCACUGUAUUGUGCAUUCCUCAACUGGAACGCGGAAAAGAUUAGAGUCUGUGGUCAAAGAGACCGGAUCUGAGGAGGCCGCAUUUCUUAAUGAUACUGGAGACCGGAGUCAAUGCGAAUGCACGCAUGGUGGCGUCAAAUUAUAUAUAGGUGUAUACUUCAGCCACACAGUUUGCACCCAUCGCAGCUUCCAACGACAGGACGACUGAUCCGACCGGGUCCAUCUGCCGUCUCCGCCGACCAUGCCGUGCACCAGCGAGAGCUGCAAGGAUGACGCCUUCGGGUGUUGUAUAUGCACGUCUGCAUUGGGGGUUUUUUUUUCUGUGUUCAUGAUACUCGUGUUUACACUUGGACUGCCUCUAUGGGUUUUCUUUGUUUCCGGAUUGUUCGCAGUUAUGUUCUGGAUCUGUUGGUGUAUAUGCCUAUUUGUAUUUUUCGUGGGGCCACCUUCAAAAUGUCGCAGAACCGGUCGCAGAACGCGGAACCCAGAACCGGUCGUUCGGCUCCGAAACCUACCUCCAGCUGCUCCCGAAGAAAUCAAUGGAGGCCAAAUGAACACCGGUUUCGUCGACGACCCGCCGCCGUCUUUCACCGAUGCGUCAGCCUCGUUCCCAACGGUGCUAGCCUUGAGGACCAACAACACGCCACAAAGACUUCCCCGAGAGGCAGUCAGCAACCGUGCUACAUGCGAACCCCCACCGCCAUCUUACGAGGACGUCUGCCUUGCUACCCCGGCCGAGGCACCGUCUGCAACGGGCGAGCCCCUGCCGCCAUCAUACGAAGAAGUCACAGCUAAUAACGGUACACGGUGAUGACGUGACAACCCGUGAACAAAAUGUACUUACUACUUUCCGUUCUCUUUUGCGUACUGUGAUUUCUUUAAGCGGGUAUAACACCAGCAUCAGGUAUCAGCUGCAUUUUUCAGCCUUUACUUCAUGCAGCCAAGUCCUAAUUGACAUGUUGCCAACGGAGCCAAAUCGGCGGAAGUACCGUUGAAUAUUGGAAAAGCGGGGCGGGAGGG